AUGUCUUGGGUCGAUAGCUGUCCCCAGCUAUCAAUUGAUUUAAAAGAAGAGCCAUUAAAAUUGAUCAAUGUACCUCAUACUCCUUUGCUCACUUUACUUUCAGAGACUACGGUUUACAUAUAUAAUCAAGUGACGUUAUUGCCAACGGCGUGCCAUACAAGAUCAAAGGAAUCUCUAGAGCAGCAUGGACGAAACAAGCGUGUGAAAGCUAAGCUUAUGUCUGUGAAUACUUCCCAAUUACAGAAGUUAAAAGCUGUAAAUUUAUUUGUCGAGACAGAAUCAAACUACAUAAUUGUUUACCAAGUUUUAAUUGGUUAUUCUGGAUCUCUAUAUGAGUUGCAUGAGGAUAAGAAUAAUGCAUUAUUACAAAAAGGGCUUCCUCUAACUCAAAAGUCACAAGGAUUCUCCGUGUCCCAAUUAGUCAAAUCUGCAAGAAAUCUUAUUCAAAAUACCGAACAUGUUAAUUUAGAGAAUAUAGAAAGCUACAAUAAUCUGACGAUAGAAGACGAGCAUGAUAAUUUUGACAUUGAGACCGUAAAAAUUUCAAUUUAUAAAGUUUUGAAGAUCGGUAUGGGUUUGAACAAUUACUGGCUAAAACGAAAUUCGCAUAAUCUUAUUAUAUUUAAUAACGAGAAUGAUGAUAAUGUCUUUCAAAUCUUUAAUAUCAAAUUCUUCAAGAACGAGAUUUUGCGAUUAUCUGAAUGUAAUUGGUAUCCGAGUGGACGAAGUGGUGAGGCUAAUCAAAAUCCUAAAAUGGAGCAUGUCAGCUUCAACGAUUUAUCGAAUGAUUUUAUAUGUAUCAAUGAGCUAGGAGAAAUUUGGAAAAUUUAUAUUGAUGAUUUAAAAUUGAAGGGUUAUAAAAUUUAUGAAGUUAAAGACUAUAAAAUCGAUUCGCCUUUUCUGGUAUCAUUUAACCCUAAUAGCGCUGAUCUAUUACUUAUUCAACUUGGCCCAAGAAUUGACUAUUACAAGUUGGAAGAUAAACGAUUAAAGCUUAUUAAGCCAUUGCUUAAGUAUAAAAAUGAGGACCCCAUAGUGAAAUACACGUGGUCGCCCAGUGGAAAGUUCAUAGCUGUAUUGAGUAGCAAAGGAAACUGGUCUUUUUAUUCAAAAUUUGGAAAUUUAUUGUUUAAUUCAUUUGGAGUAUUGAACGAAAUAAAUGACAAUGAAAACUUAAGUGAAUCUAUCGACUUCUUAAACGCCUCAGACUAUGAAAUUUCUUCCAAUUCUUCAAACAUACUCAUAAUCAAUAGGCCAAAAGCAAAACUUUAUUUGGUAAAUUUGCUAUCAUCUUUCGACUCUUCGUCACCGUUUUUUUACAACAAAGAUUAUAUCUUUCUAUUGCAAAAAGGAAAAUUUAUCAAGCUUCCUAUUUUACCUAAAUUUAAAAGGGUCAUAGACCAGAUGGAGGACCUCAAUGGGAACUCAGAUUUACCUCUGAAGAAUAUGAGCGGAGAGCUAACGUUGAGAUAUAAUAAUUACAAGCAAGUGUCCAUAACUUACGGAGAAAACAUCUCAGUCUCUACACCACUAAGUUCAGGCAAUGACGAAAUUAAUCACAUUCUUUGGUUCAAUUUUCAAAAUUACUACUUUGAUUCCAUGAACAUCGUCAAUCAUUUUUGGUAUCAUGAUUUUCUAGUGUUGGUGAAUAGGACGACUAUCAACAGAAAGGAUGAGGUAGAUGGUGAAAAACAUCAAAAUGGCGCUAAUAACAAAACAGAUAAAUCUGAGUCGAAAGACAAACAGAAAGUGGUCGACGAGCUUCUAGUUAUAGACGCGACUUUAACCAAAUAUGGCUCAGGUGGUAUUCCGUUGAAUUUCGAUAGCGACUUAAUUAUUUGGAGGCAUAAUUUUAAUUCUUAUUUCGCAGCAGUAAACUUGGUUAAGGAUAAAUUGGUGAUUGUAACAAUCGAUUACAAGAUCCACAUCAUUGGAUUAGAUAACGAUCAUCAAGAACAAAGAAAAUUCAAAAUAUCUAUUAAGCAUUUAAGAACUAUUCAUUUAAACUCCAUCAAGGACAAGCUCCCUAUAGAGUCUUAUCAAGAAAUUACAAUGAUAGAAGAUAAGCAUUUCUUAUUUUUGUUAGGAAACGGUGAUCUUAUUCUAUUAAAAAACGAGUCAAGUAAUGAUACGAAUGAAAACAAUAUAUUCAAUUUGAACAAGCUUUAUGAAUCCAUAGAAUAUUUCCACUGUGAAUUUAUCAAUAACGAGAGCUACAUAUCCUUAUUUAAUGGAUCUUGUUUAUUCAUUUGUGGACUAAAGCAAAUGAUUAGCGAGCUGAAACAUCUUCCAAUUACUGUUGAAAUUAAAGAUUUCCAUCCACUAGCAAUUGAAACUGAGCAAUCGAGGUCCAUCGAACUAUUUGGCGUUGAAGAAGCAAUCAUAAAAAAACAUAGUUAUCUUAUAUUAAAAACCAGAGUUAGCCACCAACUCAUCUUGAAUAAUUUUAUUGAAUACUGUUUAUUAAAGGCCGAUAAUGUGCAGCAGGUUUUUGACAGCUAUUCUACGUUUAGCAAUUUUGACUACUGUUUAGAGUUACUUCUUAAUCGAUAUUUGACGGACGAUUCUCUCGCACUUGGAAACUUAAUAAGCCUAAUUGAAUUGACGGACGAUCCUGAAGCUAUCUAUGUCAAUUGCUUAAGGAAAAUUGAGAUUAGAUAUUGGAACAUUUUUUUUCAAACUCUAAACAUUACUCCUGUCGAAUUCAUGAACAGAGUAAUUGAUAUAAAAAAUGUACAAUUAUGCUAUAACUUUUUAAUUGUCUAUUUGAAUUCAAAGGCUGAAGUUGCAAAUAAUGAGGAAUAUCUUCCUCAAGACGACAAGGAGGUAAUUCUCAAGAUUAUAAAGAUGCUAGGAAAUUCUAACAAAUGGGACUGGUGUUUUGAGCUAUGUAGAUUUAUUAAGUUGUUGGAGCCAUCUGGUGAAUUUCUACAGAAGAUUUACGAUACUCUUAAUUAG